GUGUUUGCAUUUGAUCACUGUUUUUGGUCAUUCAAUGAAUCCGAUGCACACUUCGCCAGUCAGGACCAGGUCUUCAACGACUUGGGAAUCCCUGUACUCGAGAGUUCGUUUGAAGGCUACAAUGCAUGCAUUUUCGCUUAUGGCCAGACAGGCAGUGGAAAGUCAUACACGAUGAUGGGAACGCCUAACGAUAAGGGACUCAUUCCACGACUUUGCGACUCAAUCUUCGAGAGAAUCGCCAAUAAUAGUGAUCCGAAUUCUAGUUUCAAAAUAGAGGUCUCAUAUAUGGAGAUAUACAAUGAGAAAGUGCACGAUUUGCUCGACCCUAAGGGCACCAAACAGAACCUCAAAGUACGCGAGCACAAUAUAUUAGGUCCAUAUGUGGACGGGUUGUCCACUCUAGCGGUCAGUUCGUUCGUAGAGAUCGACAAUUUGAUGACAGAGGGGAAUAAGUCGCGAACAGUGGCCGCCACUAACAUGAACUCGGAGUCUUCGCGAUCGCAUGCGGUCUUCACGAUCACUCUGACCUGUUCGGUGACCGACACGGCUGUGGGCGUGACGGGCGAGAAGGUGUCCAAAAUGAGUUUAGUUGAUUUGGCCGGCAGUGAGCGCGCAGUCAAGACGGGCGCUGUUGGCGACCGACUCAAGGAGGGCUCAAAUAUCAACAAAUCGUUGACAACAUUAGGUUUAGUCAUCUCGAAACUGGCCGAUCAGUCGGCCGGUAAGAGUAAGGAACAGUUCGUGCCGUACAGGGACUCAGUGCUCACAUGGCUUCUCAAAGACAAUUUAGGGGGUAAUUCCAAGACAGUGAUGGUGGCGACCAUAAGCCCCGCCGCCGACAACUACGAGGAGACGCUAUCGACUCUGCGCUACGCCGACAGAGCCAAACGUAUUGUGAAUCACGCGGUCAUUAAUGAAGACCCCAAUAAUAGGAUCAUUAGAGAGUUGAGGGAAGAGGUGGAUCAGCUCAGGGCUCAGCUCAUGAACGCCAGCCAACAGUCAGACCUUCACGAGAGACUCCUUGAGUCCGAGAAAUUGAUUAAAUCCAUGGAACAGACGUGGGAGGAGAAGCUCAGGAAGACUGAGAUCAUUCAUCAGGAGAGACAACAGGCGCUCGAGAAGAUGGGUAUUUCCGUUCAGAGCUCCGGCAUUCGCGUGGAAAAUAGCAAAUACUAUUUGGUUAACCUAAACGCCGACCCCUCUCUCAAUGAGCUCUUAGUUUAUUAUCUCAAGGAUAAGACAUUUAUUGGUCGCAGCGAUGCACCGGCAGAACAGGACAUACAGCUGUCAGGCAUCGGCAUAAUGUCCGAGCACUGUGUCAUUGAAAUCAACAAAACGAGUAAUGAGUUGUUGAUUGAGCCCUUAGAAGGGGCGCGAACUUGCGUUAACGGGUCGGUCAUCACUGAGAGGACAGCCCUAAAACACGGCGACCGUAUACUGUGGGGCAAUAAUCACUUCUUUAGGCUCAACUGUCCUAAGCUGACAGACAACAGUCAACAAACGGAUAGACCGAUGGGUUAUGAGUUCGCCAGAGAGGAACUAAUGAUGAAUGAGAUGGUGAACGACCCCAUCCAGGGAGCCAUGAAAGCGCUUGAAUUGCAGCACAAAAUGGAUAAAAACAAUGCACUCGAGGAACAGAAACAGAUGUAUGAGAAGCAGCUGAAAAAGUUGGCCAGUUUUCUGUCGCCCGGCACUCCUUACGCCCCUUAUAGUUAUAACAAUGUGUUCGACCCGUACGAGCAGAAUAGGUUUGGCGGCUCCACAUCCAACCUCAUGAGUCCUAAUGGGGUGGCCCUUAAGAUGGAGAAAUGGGCGCAGGAAAGGGACGAACUGUUUAAGAAAAGUCUGAGUCGAUUGCGCGAAGACAUAGUUCGGGCCAACACUCUGUCCUAUGAGGCGAAUCUGAUCGCCGAUGAGAUGCAAAAGUGCACCGAAUUUAAAGUGACUCUUCAGAUACCGGCCGCCAAUCUGAGUCCCAACCGCAAGAGAGGGUCGUUUGUGUCUGAGCCGGCAUUUCUGGUGAAACGCAAGAACAAAGUGUCGCAGAUCUGGUCGAUGGAGAAGUUUGAGAACAAUUUGAUUGAAAUGCGAGAACUGUAUCAGGAAUGGAAGGAAAUGCAGUCACAGACCGAUGGCGGCGAUCAAAAUACUGAUGACUUGUCGCCUGCCAACGACCCCUUCUAUGAGCUCCAGGAGAACCACCACUUGAUUGGUGUCGCGAAUAUAUUCCUCGAAGUGCUCGUGCAGGACGUGAUGCUCGACUACAACGUUCCCAUUAUAUCACAACAGGGAGAGGUUGCCGGACGCCUACACAUAGAGUUCGGUCGCAUUUCAGGUCAUAUCGGCGAACGCAUAGCCGACGCCUCGAUGGAGACGAUGAGUCAGUGCAGUGACAGCGCAGACACCGACGGCCAGAAUCGCAACCAAAUCGUGGUUCGGGUGAACAUUAAGAGCGCGCGCGGACUCCCGAUAUCGCUCUCCAACUUUGUGUUCUGCCAGUACUCCCUGUUUGGACUCCAGGACUCAACUGUCGUCCCCUCUUAUGUGGACACUAAGGAUCACUCGAACCCUAUUCGUGGCACCACUGAAGAUAAGGAGGAAUUUGUUUUCUAUUUUAAUCACCAAAAAGAUAUCGCAAUUCCUUUAAGCGAAGAAUUUCUCGAACAUUGCACUGAAGGGGCGCUCUCUAUAGAGGUGUGGGGCCAUCGGGUGUCCGGAUUUAGUCCAUCAAAGCCCGGGUGGGGUGUCGCCGACGCACAGCUCAAGAUGUGCCGCUCUCUGGCCGACCGGUGGGCCGAACUGAAGCGUAAAAUUGAAUUAUGGGUUGAAAUCCACGAAAUCAAUGACAACGGAGAGUACAGUGCCGUCGAAGUGAAUACUAAGGCUGAUAUCGAGUCGGGAGGUGUCUAUCAGCUAAGGCAAGGCCAACAAAGGCGUAUAGCCGUCAAAGUAGUUCCCGUCCAGAACUCGGGAACACUUCCUGUCAUUUGCGAGUCUAUUAAAUCCUUAGCUGUUGGCUGUGUUUGCGUCAGAUCUAAGCUCCAGAAACCUCUGGACUCAUACCAAGAGGAAGAUCUGACGACUCUUCGAGAGAAAUGGACGGACGCUUUGGUGCGACGACGAGACUAUUUGGACGAUCAGAUCAAACGACUUCUUAACAAACCUAAUAAGAGUAAGGAAGACAACGAACGCGAACAGAGUCUUAUCGACCAAUGGGUCAGUUUGACCGAAGAGCGCAAUGCAGUCAACUGUCCCGUUCCCGGAUCUGACAUACCGGGAGCGCCGGCCGAUUGGGAGCCACCCGCGGGAAUGGAAGGCCACACACCAGUCAUAUUCCUCGAUCUCAACAGUAAGUCUUUACUACUUUGUAUCCAAUUAUUAGCGGACGAUAUGAACAUAUCGUGCGGACGGGGCGAUGAGAUAGCGGGCAGUAACUCAAUACUGCCCAAAGAGCACAGCGGCACCCAGUUCUUCAAUCUGCCGAUUGUGAGCCACUGCGACAAAGACGUGUCGUCCACCGGGGUGUGGGACUCAUCCAUUCACGACUCCCUAUACCUCAACCGCAUCACUCCUCCCAACGAAAGGGUUUAUCUCAUUCUCAAAGUAUCCGUACGUCUCAGUCAUCCGGCGGUCAUGGAGUUAGUGCUCAGGAAACGGCUCUCUAUUAAUGUCUACAAAAAGCAAUCACUCACCGGACGGCUGUUCAAAAAGAUCGGUCGCACCGACUGUCUGGCGGCAACGGGUCUUACCUACGAAAUCGUGUCAUCCAUACCAAAGGCCAGCGAAGAUAUCGAAGAUCGCGAGACAUUGGCUCUGAUGGCGGCUUCGGGUCAAGACUUGACUGCUAUCGACGGCGAGAGUUAUAUCGAAAAGUAUACAAAAGGCGUUUCGGCGGUCGAAAGCAUUCUAGCGCUCGACCGACUCCGACAAGAAGUGGCCGCAAAGGAACUGUUGGCCCGAAAGGGAAAGUUUAAUACAUCGAUCAGUCAGGAGGCGCUCAUUCGCAAGACUGCCAGCGUUCCCAAUAUGGCACAAAUGGCUUUCCUUUCGCCCACAAUAAGCGGCAGUUUUACUAAAUUAGAGAAAUCGGACUCUUCUUUCGACUUGUCUUACUUCACAAACACCGCAUAUGAGGGCUUCGAUCGCAUCCGACAAAAGGCGUCCACUUAUCUCAGUGGCGGAUCCAAUACCGCACCAAACGCUCCGACAGCGCACAUACCCGACACACACAGACCUCUGGCCAACUCAGCGCCCACAUCUGCUGCUACCACUCCCAGCGAUCCUAUGCUUCCCAUCAGGAAUACAAUCAAUGGUAUUGUGUUUGAGAUUCUUAUACCUAUCAGUCAGGAGGCGCUCAUUCGCAAGACUGCCAGCGUUCCCAAUAUGGCACAAAUGGCUUUCCUUUCGCCCACAAUAAGCGGCAGUUUUACUAAAUUAGAGAAAUCGGACUCUUCUUUCGACUUGUCGUACAUCACAAACACCGCUUACGAGGGCUUCGAUCGCAUCCGACAAAAGGCGUCCACUUAUCUCAGUGGCGGAUCCAAUACCGCACCAAACGCUCCCACAGCGCACAUACCCGACACACACAGACCUCUGGCCAACUCCGCGCCCACAUCUGCUGCUACCACUCCCAGCGAUCCUAUGCUUCCCAUCAGGAAUACAAUGAAUGCCUCACCGCUGACCGCUUUGAGUCCCCAUUCAUCCAAACAACUGAAACCAAUGCGAACACUACUGGAGGAACAGUUCAGUAGAGAAGACCAUCAUUUGUCUGAAGAAAGUGAGGAAGAAAUUAGUGACGAAAAAGAUGUCGAAGAAGUGGACGAAAUAAAUAUCGAUUUAAAUGAAUCGAAAUCUGAUGAACACAACUGUGAAGAGAGCGAAAGGCAUCGAAAUGAUAGUAAGGAAGCCAACGAAGUAUUAGUUCCCAAUUCAGAGCCAUUAGCCAGACGUCAGAUGAAAGAGUCGGCCACUCAUGCGACCGCCGGAACUCCCAGUGCUCUGUCGAGUGGUUACGGCUCUCAGCCGUUGACCAGUACUCCGGCCUCGAGUGAGGACUCGAUCUCUUUGUUGUCGGGAAACGUGAGUUACGACGAGACAACUGUCAGUAAUAACGAUGUGUCGGUCAUCGAGAAAUUGCCGAAUAACAAUUCAUCCCAAGUGCCUAACCAUUCAUUGCUUAAUAUUGAUAAUACAAGUGACGCCUCGAGUGUCAGUUCAUAUGACAGUCGCAAUGAGAACAGUGCUGUCAAUGAUUCACAACUCAUGGCAUCCCUUCCCGAUUGGAUGGUUGUCGGCGAAAGUGUGCGGAUAAGCCCUGAAUCCAAAGUGGGUGUCAUUGCAUAUGUCGGCAAAACAGACUUUGCGUCGGGAAUAUGGGUUGGGGUCGAGUUGGACGCCCCCACCGGCAAGAAUGACGGCUCAGUCAAUGGAACCGUUUAUUUCAAGUGUAGACCAAAGUUUGGUAUUUUCGUCAAACCAGAGAAACUUAAAGUGGAUCAGAGAGGACGCAGUCUAAGGGCUGGCAAAACCACUUAUAAUGACGACAAUUCAUCCCAAGUGCCUAACCAUUCAUUGCUUAAUAUUGAUAAUACAAGUGACGCCUCGAGUGUCAGUUCUUAUGACAGUCGCAAUGAGAACAGUGCUGUCAAUGAUUCCCAACUCAUGGCAUCCCUUCCCGAUUGGAUGGUUGUUGGAGAAAGUGUGCGGAUAAGCCCUGAAUCCAAAGUGGGUGUCAUUGCAUAUGUCGGCAAAACAGACUUUGCGUCCGGAAUAUGGGUUGGGGUCGAGUUGGACGCCCCCACCGGCAAGAAUGACGGCUCAGUCAAUGGAACCGUUUAUUUCAAGUGUAGACCAAAGUUUGGUAUUUUUGUCAAACCCGAGAAACUUAAAGUGGAUCAGAGAGGACGCAGUCUAAGGGCUGGCAAAACCACUUAUAAUGACGGUAUGUAUUGA